AUGAGUUUAAGUUUAAGCGGAGGAACCAAUGCAUUGAAUUUCAAUGUAGUCAAAUCUUCUUCAUCAACAUUAACUACUUCUUCUAAUUCUCCUUCCUCAACUCUAACUAUCUCCGAACCUAGCAAUAACAUAUCCCAAAGCGCAAUCCGAACCAAAAGAACCCGAACCAAUCGAAAGAGACCGAACCAAAAAUACAACGAAGCCGCUGAGUUACUCUCCGAAGCGUAUCCGAACCUAUUCCGUAACCUAAAGAAACUACAUCCACCACCGUGUAAAUUUGCAAAACCGCUUAUAACCGAAUGCUAUAACAACGAUUUCUUUGAACCGUUGUUAUUGCCGUUCAGUGAUUUUGAUGAUGCAAACGCUUUUUUGACUCAGAAAAAAAGCGCUUCUCAAACGGAGUUUUUGAGCGUUCGAGAGAAGGAGGUUUCGGAAGAGAUAGUGGUGAGUCCCGGUGAAGUACUGGAACGCGAUUCUGGAGAUGAUUUCGAUUGUAAAUCGAUGUUGGAUGAUGAGGCCGAGGAAGGGAUUGAUAGUAUUAUCGGGAGUAGGGUUGACGAUUGCGCUGGUGACAGCGGCGGAGAUGGAGAAGGAGGUUUGUGUUACGGCGGCGAGAAAGCGAGUCCUUGGUUUGGAAGUUUUGGUGUGACGAGGGCUCUUCGCCGCGUCGGAGGUGUUAAUCUGUUGAAUUUUGCUAUGGUGAACGUAGUUGAAAUCUCGAAGAUGCCGGUGGCGGCUGAGAAAAAGAAGCAGAGGAAGAAAGUAAAUGUGGAGCGGAGGAAUUCGAGUUUGGCGCUGCCUUUGCGGUUGAAACUGGAUUAUGAAGAUGUUCGGAGUUUGUGGUCGGCACGGGGUUCGCCGUUUCGCCGGUAA